AUGAUAUUGAGUUCCAUAUUAAUCCUAUUCUCAUUAUUUUCGUUGGUAUUUCCAAAAAGAAUCAACCUAUAUGUUAAAUCUAUAAAUGACGGAUCAACUGAUCCAAUUGGUUUCAUAGAUAAUGAUUCAAUACAUUUAAUGGAAAUUGAACCACAACAUUCCGUUUGUAUUGGAACAAAAGAUAUAUACAAUAAUGAAUGCUUUAGUUAUCAAAAUUAUAUUCCGUCAUUCAACUAUUCAAUAUUCAAUUUAUUCUUAGAUGAAGAUAAUGAUGUAUUCAGAAUUGCUUUAUCAUUUGAUGAUACAUUACAAAAACCUACCAUUAGAAAACACAAACAUAUUACAGCACCACAACCAAACUUAAACCCUGACUCACUUAAAAAGCAAAGAGAACAACAAGCUAAGCAGAAUAAUAAUGGUGGAAAUCAACAAACAGAAAAAGUGAUUAGAAAAAAAACUAUAGUAGAAAUUGAUUCAGAUGGAAAUGAAAUAACAAAAGAAAUUGAUGAAGUAAUUGAAACAGUUGACGAUAGAUCAUGGAUUCAAAAGAAUUGGAUGUAUAUCGUACCACCUUUAUUAAUAUUAUUUGCAAUGGGAGGUGGUGAAGAACGAAAGUGA